AUUCCCAUGAUGCACCUCUGCAUGAAGGUUGAAGAGGGCACACAAUGCAGGAAAUCAGAAUACGAAUCCAUGAAACAUUCUAAAUUCCAUGUGUCACCAGCAUUCUUUCUUCCUCUCCACUUAUGUUAGGGUUGGGGGAUGUGGUUCAUUACAAAGAAUGAGUAUUUUGAUACCUUCUCAUUCUUUGAACUAUUCUGCAGGUUUAUAACAAAGCUCAGAAAAUGCUAAAGCUUAAAGGAGAAUUGAGAACUGCUAAGGAAAUGAAAGAUGAGGCAGGGGAGAGAAACAGAGAAGUGAGCAGCCUGAACAGCAAGCUGUUGAGCCUGCAACUUGACAUUAAGAAUCUGCAUGAUGUCUGCAAGAGACAAGGGAAGACCUUGCAAGAGAAUCAGCUCUGUGCGGAGGAGGUGAUAGGAAAUAGCAGCCAUCCCAUUGCCUUGAAAAUACCAGAUUGAAGUGAUGCAAGGUGAGAAGCUUUUCCUAAUGGACCUCAGACAAACGUCUAAGUCAACCAUGGAAAUA